AUGAGUGUAGUGUCCCGAGCACUGCGACACGUCCGAAAACAGGACGUGGUGACCACCGUUGGCCGAGGAAGGGUCCAAGUCGCGGGUCCGAACACGUCGCUGAGCUGCGACAGCAAGUCGGACCGCCAAGAACGGUCCGGGUCAGUAGGGGCGGAGCACCCUGCUGAUCCAGCAAUGUCAACAGGAUUUGCAGGACUCUUGACGAAGAUUGCUCCCAACACGCAGUCUCUGUGUGUUACUCCCCCUAGUGAUGAGCUGUCCCUCAUCACUUUUAAAAUCGAAGUGACAAGUGGAAUUUCACUUCGCGCCCUAGUUGACUGUGGGGCGUCGAAUAGUCUUAUUCGACGCCACUCGCUAGUAAAUGGUACGCUCAACUAUGUUAAGCGAGAGUUCCCUCCAACGAGGAUGACGGUAUGCCUUGCUACAGGCGCAUCCGUAACAGUGAACAAACGUGCAGUGGGAAUCCACUACACGAUAGAAGGAAGGCAGUAG